UUGGCACAGAUAGUCGCAGGGUACCAGCACAGGAAGUCCCCACCAAUUUUUGCCUGGAUGCGGAUGCCGCGAUACAAGAUCCGGGUCUGGUUGGAAGUCACCGCUCGCUCGGCACGCACACUGGGAAACUUUACAUUUUGGCGGCCCCAGCCCGCAUUGCCAUCCGGCGACCUUAACAAACCAUCGGCAUCCCGGUGUCAGGAAAACGCCCUUUUGCAACGGUUUGCGGUCCGGAAAUUGGGGACAGAGCAGUCCGGCAGUCUCAAUGAGGUUUUUCGGCAAAAAAUCGUCCAAGAGCUCCAUCUCCACGGACAGAGUGGACGCAGACACGCGCGCCGAACGUUACGAGUCGACGCAGCCUUCUGGCGCUUCAGGUCCAGGAAGUCCCUACUCACAGUCGCCGCCGCCGCCGCCUCCAAAGAGUCCAAAGCCGCCCGCGCAGACGCAGCACACGCAGCAGCCGCCGACGCCGCAGCACACGCACACGCAGCAACACCGAUUGUCCCCCACCAAACCCGUGUUUUCGUUCCCCUCGGGCACCCGCUCGCCGUCCGCCAAAAAAACUCACAGGUCGGAGAGUCAACCACGCCGGGACCAUUCUCCCCCGCCACCACCUCCGCACCACAAUCUUCCCUCAACACCACCUCCGUCGGGCUCAACUUCUAGAUCUGCGAGUGCGCGCGAUCCCACAAAAUACUCGUCGUCGUCGUCGUCGCAUCAGCCGCGCUCCUCGACCAGUUCCCGCAGCAGUUUCGGCCGCCACCCAGUCGAUCCCGCCGCUGCGUCUGACAGCCGUUCCAGGUCAACUUCCUUCCGUCGAAAAAAGGUCGACACAGACAUCCACCCGUUGAACCUGCCCCCCGAGCAGCGCAAACGCUUUUCCGAACUCUCCGGCUUUAGUGUUCGAGAUUCAAUGGAGUUCGACAACAAGGAGAACGGCGCGGCUUCCGCAGCCUCGCCCCCGCCGCCGCCGCACAAGCAGCAACCGCAGGACCAGCAAGCGCAGCGCAAGCCCACACCGCCCGCUCACGGAAGCACCUUUACCGUUCCCGUGUCCAACGGUGCCGAUGCUGCUCAGAACAAUGACGGCGAAGUUCCUACCCCUCCUCCCCAUCGCUCGCAGCCUACCACCCCCGUGCAGAGCGCUGCCGAGCAGGCGGAGGGCUUCAAGAAUGAGGGCAACAAGUUCUUCAAGGCAAAGGAUUACACUCAAGCGAUUGCGUACUAUACCAAGGCCAUCGUCUUGCAGCCCGAAUCCUCGACAUAUCUAGGAAACCUUGCGGCAGCCUACAUGUCCGCCGGCAAGUACAAGGAUGCUCUCGAGGCCUGCUCUCGGGCAGCGGAGCUUGACCCGAACAACCCCAAAAUUCUGUUGCGUCUGGCCCGUAUCUACACCAGCCUCGGCAGGCCCGAAGAGGCCAUCGCCACCUUCAGCCGCAUCCAACCGCCUCCUUCGACAAAGGACAUGGCUCCCGCUAGGGACAUGUUGAACUACAUCCAGGCCGCCCAGAAGGCUCUUCAGGAGGGCACGGCCGCUUCCAUGGUUCUGCACCCCCUCGAUAUGGCCGAAAGGCUCCUGGGUAUCGGCGCUACCCGGCCCAGAAAGUGGGUUCUGAUGCGUGGCGAAGCCCUCCUCAGGUUGGGUGAUAUCAACUCUCUCGGCGAGGCUCAGAAUCUUGCCAUGUCGCUCCUCAGGAACAACAGCCAGGACCCCGAGGCUCUCGUGAUUCGUGGCCGUGCACUUUAUGCUUCGGGCGAGAACGACAAGGCGAUUCAACACUUCCGUAAGGCUCUCAGCUGCGAUCCCGACUUCAAGGAUGCUAUCAAGUGGUUGCGUACCGUCCAGAGAUUGGACCGUAUGAAGGGAGAGGGUAACGACGAGUACAAGGCUGGCCGUUGGCAAAACGCCCUGGAAAAGUACACUGCUGCGUUGGAGAUUGACCCGGCAAACAAGGGCACCAACUCCAAGAUUCUUCAGAAUCGCGCCUUGUGCUACACCAAGCUGAAGCAGUUCGACGAGGCCAUCGCCGACUGCGAAAGAGCCAUCAGCCUCGACCCUUCUUACCUCAAGGCCCGCAAGAGCAAGGCCAACGCGCUUGGCUUGGCCGAGAGGUGGGAGGAGUGUGUUAAGGAGUGGAAGGCACUUCAGGAGCUCGAGCCUGAGGACAGGACCAUUGCUCAGGAAGUCAAGCGGGCCGAGCUUGAGCUCAAGAAGUCGCAAAGGAAAGACUACUACAAGAUCCUUGGAAUCGACAAGAACGCGGAUGAGACCCAGAUCAAGAAGGCGUACCGUAAGCUCGCCAUUGUCCAUCAUCCCGACAAGAACCCCGGCGAUGCCUCCGCCGAAGCCAAAUUCAAAGAUAUCGGUGAAGCUUAUGAGACGCUUAGUGACCCUCAGAAGCGCGCUAGGUACGAUAGUGGUGACGACCUAGUGGACCCCUCUGAUAUGUUUGGUGGUGGCAUGGGUGGUGGCAUGGGUGGUAUUGACCCCGAGAUCAUUAUCCAGAUGAUGGGUGGUCAGGGUGGCCAUGGCUUUGGUGGUGGUGGCUUCGGCGGUGGCAGCUUCGGCGGUGGCGGCUUCCCUGGAGGCGGUCGCUCCCGCGGCAGGGGAGGUUUCGGCGGCGGCGGCUUCCACUACCAAUGACAACCCCAAGAAGAUGGUAAUGGGUACGAGGACGACUUUGACGAUGAUAACGAGGGGUACCUUUCCGAAGACGACGCUGCCGAGCAU